UCUCCCUCUCUCUCUCUCUUUCACACACACACUCUCCGACGAGUUCUUCUGUGAGUUAUCUCCAUUUCUUUCUUAGGUUCGAAGUGUUGAAAAUGAAGACAUCAUAUGUAGUAGUUUGCACUCUGAUGGUGCUACUCCUGGCCGAGGCACAGGUAACAAUUGCAGUGACAUGUAGCCCAGCAGAGCUGAGCUCUUGUGUGAGUGCAAUCACAUCAUCUUCUCCACCGUCAAAACAGUGCUGUGACAAGAUCAAAGAACAGAAGCCUUGCCUUUGCCAAUACCUCAAGAACCCAAACCUGAAGAAAUUCAUCAACACACCAAACGCCAGGAAGGUUGCUAGCACUUGUGGAACUCCAUUCCCUAAGUGCUAGAAAAGAUUUUCAGAUGAGUCUCAAAUUUCUCAGUCCUGCUUGGAGAGAUUAAUUAGUCUUUUUUAUGUAUCUUUAAAUUUGGUGUGGGCAUGAAUAUAUCUAAGUGGCAGAGCACUAGUAAUAAUAUGUUGGGUCACAUGUGAAUGUUGCCUAACUUUGUUCUUUGGUGUGGUUUAGUCAUGUACUAUUUGGAAAGGCACUGCCUGUAAUGGAUCUAAUCAGUUGGAUCAUCACAAUUAUUAUAAUGUUAAUCUAAUUACCUGCAGUUUAUUU